GGAGGGAAGAGCAAGCGUGGAGAGAGAAAAAUCUAUCUGAGACUGAGCAGCGAGGACAGUGAGGGAAAAAUAUAUGAGUGGGAGAGGGAGAAAGAAGAAGGAGGAGGAGGAGGGGGAGCAAAUUAAAAGUUGCCAAAUGGAGAUAUUGGGUUUCAACAGGAGUGAGACAGGAGUAAGGGUUUGCCUCUUUUCAAGUCGUCUUUAUGUCAUGCAAAUCGAAAUAAAUAUUUAUGCUUCGCCAACGAUUUGUUCUCCGUUCGCUUUUUGCUCGACGAGUUUCUUAAUACUAGGUGGGGGGAAACGUCCACGUCGCCGACCUUUCCGAGAAGGCCAUCGACUACUCCGGGGAAGAAUAAUACAUAAUCCGAUCCGAUUGUACCCCUUCACAAAAUUAAACACCUCAACAGCGAUCCGAGACUAAAUAUGCGCUUCUUCGACCCGCGCGCCCGUCUGCGCUCCUCUGCUACCGCACAACAGCAAUGCGCAUAGCUACGCAAACUCGGUUUUAUUAAAGCAUUUUCAAGCCGUGCGAUAAAGCGAUCAUCUUCAACCGUCGCCUCUCGAUUCCGUCUAUUUAUGGACAAAGUCCCUGUCUGUUUCUAGCUGUUACUUUGAGAGAUUAAGGCGGGUUCGGUGCGUCCUGCCCUUGCGCCAUAGAAAGCCCGUAGUCCUCCCAGCCGCCCGUUUGACACGAGAAGUGAAUCAGUAAAAUUCCGUCGUCUCAGUUCAACAGGGUUUUACUCUGUAUUUUGGAAGGCUUGCUGGUUUUGUACGUGUCUGUUUUCCGCCCCUUUGACUUAACAUGCGAGAGGAUAGAUAGGGUUUUUUUUCUCUUGCAGAGAGGAAGAGAAAAAAUAAUUCAUCUCCUCCCUCAUUUGGCUUUCUAAGUUAUCUCGCCUGUAUGAAAAUAUGCGUGUUAUAAAAUGUAUAUCUUCACUGUAUAGUUUAAUAGUAAUAAAAACGAGAUUUUGAUCUAAAUAAACGAUGUGUUACUCAUUUGGGGUUGUUUAUCAAGGGCAUGUAUUAGGGCCGGAUACUCUGUCUAAUUUUUUCUACACGCAGUUAGCAACUACACAGAUACUCAGAUAAUGCGAACACAAUCUGUUUUGGAAAUGUAUAUGGCUAAUGAAAAUAGCAAUUGAAUAAGUAAACAGCAUAUUAUAAGUAAACAGCAUAUCCUCGUGUUAACAUUUUGAUGACAAAUCUUUGCAUUCGUGUGUGGUUUGUUUGCCACAUUCGCGAGUCUCUCCCUCAGUUUGUUAUGCUAUUGGGAUUUAAUCUCCAAAUAAAGGGUAAAAAUACCCAUUUCUGCAAUUUUUUCAAACUCAUUAAAGCAGUAUUUUGACUAAACCUAUAGCAGUACAGGUCUUUGAUACCAGGACAAAAACAUAUCAAGCUCCUUUAAACACUUGUCACAAAAAGGAUACAAUUUUGGGUAAAACAUAGAGAAGACACUUCUUGCCCUUAUCUGUCUCAACCAUAAUAUUUGUUAGAAAACAGCAUAACCUUACACAGAGUAAACAACCAAACCUGUCAAACAAGUUUCACCCAUCCCCCACAUGUCUUUGUUUCACACGCUUCCACACGUGCAUUUUCAAGUCGUGCACUUUAUGUUUUUGUGGUAAUUUUGGGAAAGGUUAUCAGAGAUAACAUGUUUUAAAACGCAAAACUCUUGUCUGUGUCAAAAGCCCUUUAUCUUUCGACGGCAUAUCAGUGACGCAGUUAUCAAGCACCAGUCGCCAUUUUGAAGUCUCUUUAGGACACUGCUGUGUAUCCGCACUCCGCAGCUGCUCUCACAACACAAAAGAUUAAACAAAGCAGGCUUUCAUUCUGUGACAGAAAUGUUUUUAUUCAUCAAAUACUGUUAUAUAAGCUGUCCAUAUUAUACUAUUUAUACUAUUAUUAAUAUGAAGGUCCAUGCAGAACACAUUUAGUUUACAAAUUUCCAGGUUACUAAAAGCCCAACAAUUUAGUACUAUUUACUUCAAGAGAGUUUUUUAGUUGGUUUGAUCUUCGGUGGAAAAGUAAAAGAAGACAAAAAAGACUGCCACAUCGGAAUAUAAACACCCCAACUUUGUCCAUCUCCAAAUAUAUUUAAACUGUAAACAAGUGUACCUGAAUUCGCUCUGUGUCACAAAUACUUGAUCUUCCGACAUAGAAACGUGACAAAAUUUUGGCUUCUUGGCCUGUGUAAUGGAUGAUGAAGACGAUCGACGUCUUCUGGAUUUUAUAGGAGAUGUGCAAGCAUUGAAUGAGUAUCUUCAUGGUUCCAAUAGUAAAACAAUCGGAGAAGAUGAUGUGACAAAUGCAGCAUAUGGAUCUGCCAGCGAGUUCUUUACUGGUGACACUGGUGGCUCAAAUGAAGGACUCAAAGAUGACCACAAUCAUUUGGGAGAGUUUGGGGGUGCUGGCGGAGCUGAGCUUCAGCUCUCAAGCAGUCUCCCAUUCAUGGAUGAUGAGCUUGAAGGUGGUCCUUCACCAGGUGACGUUGACCUUGAGGGUGAAGACCAACCCUUUGACAUCCUCCAGAAGUCACUGCUUGAAGCAGAUAUCACAGAGCAGACAUUGGCUCAAGAAGCCCUUUUGGACUCUCAACCAUCUCUCAUUCCCACAGCUAACGCCUUCCCUCAGCAGCUGGUCUCUGGAGGGUUCGGUGGUGUUGCAGGUCCUGGUGUGGUGGCUGGUGGGGUGCAACCUCAGACUUUUAUCCAGCAGGUUCCCCAGCUGCCAAAUGGCCCCACCGGACACAUCCAGGUGGUGGGGUCCUUUAACGGCAAUGCCUCGUCUAUGAUGACUAUCAACAGUUUGGAACAACCUCAGAUACUUUUGAGACCAAGUGGAAAUGUAGUGGCAAACAACAGUGGGCAGGGUGCAAUGUUUGCACCGUCUACAACAAAUCAGAUGUCAAUGUCCUUUAAUAAAGGGACAAUACCGGUUCAAAACAUUAUCAUCCAGAGAGGCCCUACACAACAAACUUUGGUUCGAUCCAUUCAGCCCAAACCCCUACAGACAGGGGCACAAACUGUAUACAGUAUCAGCAACGUCGGGCUUCAGCCCAGCACCACUGCUGCUACGAAUUUAGUCAGUAGCCCUUACACGACCAGUGUAGUCAAUCCAGCCAGCAACAUUGUAAUGCAUUCACCCCUGGGGCAACAAGCACAGCCCCAAUCCAGUCAAUUCUUGGUACCGAGUACUAUUUCACUCACCACUGGUACCACUGUUCACAGCUUCCAGGCUGUGAAUGGGCAGGUGAUACAAACGAACACUCAAGUGGGUGACCCGUCAUCAGUGAGCACUACCACCUACUCAAUCCUGACCAAUCAGAGCACAGCAGUGCAGCUUAUUUCAGGCCAAAACUUUUCAGCUGGAGGACAGUUGAUUGUAAAUCAAGGUUUGGUCAGUGGAAGUCAGGCUUCUCCGACACAAAGACCAGGUGCCACCACCAAAGUUUGGACCGCCAGUGCAUCGCCUAGCCCGACUCCCAUGCAGACAUCACAGAGCUCAGUGCCCCUUACCAUGGUCAAUUCUGGUGUCCACCAGGUUUGUCAGCAGUUAUCGGUCACCCCUGGACAGCACAUCCUUUUACCUGUAGCUCAGAGCAGCCCAGCCUCUUCUGGAGUUCAGGACACCACAGCAGGCCAGACGCAAUUAGUUAAUCUCCUUGGUACCAAAGCUGUGAAAACACUAACUCCUGCCCAUCUGGAAUCGCCUCUCACCCUGAACCGACCUGCAACUUAUCAGCUUACCAGAGGAGGAAUGGUCCUCCAGCAGCUCAGAAAAGAUCACAAUGGAGUCAUGUCUCCAGAGCGGACACCCUUCUCUUCCUUUCCCGAUGUCAUUGAGAGAUUACUGCCCUAUCAUGUUUUCCAAGGCUCACCGCCACAGGAUGAAGAUUUUACCAAAGUUGACGAGGAGUUUGAGGAAGUUGCCACGCAGGUGUUGAAAAAGACGCAGACCAUGGUAAACAAGUACAGGCGUCUGCUCAUGGUGGAAGCAGAGAGGUCAAGUCCUUCGUCAGAAAUGGUGAUGAUUGACAGGACGUUUAACCAAGAGGAGCGGGGCAACUUGACCCAAGACAAGCGAAUGGUAUUGGUGGAUCCAGAUGCUUUCAUGGAAGAGUUCUGCUGUGGCCCUAAGAGGAGGUGUCCAAGUCCUGAGGUGAUGACCGCAGCCAGCCAUGAGGAAAACCCCAGCGGAUUGGGAUCAUCCCCUCAACAUUCCACGAUUCACAAGGAUGGGCAGGGAAUGAACAGCCACACAGAACCUGCCUAUAGGACAGACUCCCAACCAGAUAAAGAAAUAGAGGAACACAGAAGAAGCCCUAUCAAGUUCAUCCUGGACAUGAAAAAAUUAAAAGCCAGAACCCUCAUCAGCAGCAGUCAUCAUUCUCAUUACCCUGCAUCUCCCAGCCAAUCACAGAAUAGCCCCGCCCAAGGCUACCAUUCAGACAGGGGUCGGAGUCACGAACAGCAACCUCCCUCGGAUCAGAGUCACUCCUCAUCGGCUGACACGGACUCUGUGCUGGAAGCCGCCGUGAAUAGCAUCUUAGAAUGUUAGACAGUGCCAUAUUUACGUUAGUUUCAUGUUAGCAUUUCAUGCCAUUUCUGUGCAGGAUGAAGUUCAUGAGUUGGCAUUAUACAAAAUGCACACGGCGUGUCGAGGAAUAUAGGACUUAUGAUGGUGAUACUCUAAUACUGUGCCUGUUGUUCUAGAGCAGUUUACACGAGAAAGCCUUUUUUGACAAUGCGUCACAGGAUGCAUUUGCAAUCACAUACACACACACACACAUCAAUAUAUUCACAUAUACACAAUCAUGCAGUACGUUUGGUGUGAAGUUUGGAAUGUCAUAGGUAGACAUUGGUAUUUGUAGCUAAUUCUGUAUCAAAUACAUUAGAUAAUCUGUCCGCACUUAAGGUUGCUCAAUAUAUCAUCGAGGUAGUUUUUGACCAAACGAGGCACGCGAACACAUCGGCACGUUUUGAUGUUUUUGAGCAUUAGCUGUGCUCAUUUUUUUACUUUUGUUUUAGUUUUGUACCUUACAGGUAUGUGAUCUCUCCACAGAGACAAAACUUGCGUGGUUUUGUGGAGGAGAAGUUAAGUCCUCAGAUUGAGGGUACAAUGUUACAUUGUUUUAUCUUGUUUUUUUUUAGCUCGACUUCAUUUUUGUAAUGAUGCUUUUUGCAAAAUGUGUCCUGCUCCCUGUCUGGAGUAAAUAAGUUCUGUUGCACACCUCGAAAUAUGUCGGUGAGUUUCACAAAAACGUCCAAGUCACAUUUCAGUGUGAAAUCAAAAGACAAAAAUGGACUGAAUUGGAUUAUUAAAUAAAGGACUUUGUGACGUUACUGUCAUGACACUUAGGCACAACCCAAGACAGUAAUGUCAUACAGUACUUUAUACUGUACAAAAAUUACUGUACUGUUGUUUUAAGUUGAUACGAAUCAACAUAAAUUAAAAACGGUACCAAAAAUAUGAUCUAUACUUUGCGAUUUGUGUAUUAUAGCAACAUAUUUUUUGCUUAUUUGUCAUGAAAAUAAUGUCACAAGGCAAUGCUCAAUUAUGUUUAAAUUUAUUAUUUAUUUUUCCUUUUAACCAGGACUGAUUCUUUGCAGGUUUGGGGAGAUUCAUCAACACAAAUUGUUUAAAACUUUUUCCCCUGCUGGUCAGGUUGUAGUCUGCAGUUUCUGCCCCUAGUGGCAACUUUUAUUUGCACAGGUGAAAAUGACCUUUAUAGUAAUUUUACAAACCCUGCAGAUCUCUUCUCGUUAUUUAAGUUUUAUGGGACUAAAUUGGUAUAGGCAGAAUUGGUGCCAUCAGAGCAUAAUCACAUUUGCAUCAGUCUCUAGUAGGAGAUAACACAUUUGUGAAGUUUUGUUGAAGGAUGUGGGAUGUGUUCAGAUCUGCUACACAUUUUAAUUUCUAAAGUACUAAUUAAUUUUAAAAAGGAAAAUAUUACAUAUUUUUUCACAUGUCUGUGCCAUUACAAAGUCUUUCAGCUACAACGAUCAUAAACCGAGCAAAGAAAAAGUUUCCAUUACCAUCCAUUAAAAAGCCCAAGGUCACCAGGUUAUUGCAUUGUUUUUGCAUCAUGAACACUAACUUCCACUGUCUUUUUUCCAGCAACGCAACCAAAAAUAGACAGAAAACAGAUGCAAUUCUUAACAACAUAAUUCAGUUUGUUUGCAUUGGGUAAUGCAAUUUGUUAAUUCUGGUUAAUGUUAACUAAUGCAUAUUGUAAUAUUGUUAACGUUUUGUAUGAAUUAGCAAUGAUCAAUAGUAUAUUUAUUAUUAAACAUUAACCUAAAUUAAUAAAUCCCCAAUGUUAGAGGGUUGAAUUAUGUUUUUAAGCAUUACCCAAGUUAAAUAUCCUCCCUGAUCUGAGCUUCAGCACUUGGUAACUUGUAAGGGAGCAACUGUGAAGACCUUCAUUUGAAGAGCUUCUUUGCCUUAGGACAAAGCGAGUAAAACACAACUAGUAUAAAUUGUUUUAUUGUGCGAGUGUGGCCUUUGAUUAUUGUAACACUCGUUGCUUUCAACUUUUAUUUUUUGCAGCACUCGAAACUUGAUUUGUAAUGUUUGUAUUACAA